AUGGCUAAGCAAAUUGAGACAAAACUUGAGCGAAUUGAGACAAAUUUUGAGCGAAUUGAGACAAGUAUUAAGCGAAUUGAGACAAAAGUUGAGCGAAUUGAGACAAAAUUAGAGCGAAUUAAGACAAAACUUGAGCGAAUUGACACAAAAGUUGAUCGAAUUGAGACAACAUUAAAGCAAAUUGAGACAAAAUUAGAGCGAAUUGAGACAAAAUUAGAGCGAAUUGAGACAAAAUUAGAGCAAAUUGAGACAAAAUUUGAGCGAAUUGAGAAAAAAGAUAAAACAUAA